CCCAUAGUGUAGCCCUGCACCUUGCAUCAUUAAUGAGAGAGAAAGAGAGAGAGAGAGAGAGAGAGAGAGAGAGAGCGAGAGCACGCUGCCCUCUGGAAAACGGAAAUGUUCAGUGUGCACAGAGUGGCUUGCAUAUUUCACUCUGACAUCUCACUACCAUGUUUUUCAACAUGGUAGUGAUUAGGUAAUGCUGAUAAUUUUAUUUCUUUUUUUGCCUUUUGUUUUCUUUAUUUUUCUUUUGGCUUCCUUUUUUGUUUUGUUUUGUUUUGUUUUACUCUUUCCUCACUUCCUCUUUCUCCCCCUUGUUCACUCCUUUCUUUCUCCCCCUUUCUCUCUCUCUCUUUCUUUUCUUUUCCCGAUAGUAAAGGGGGAUUAGAUUGGUUGUUCUCAGAACAGGGAGCUGGAAUUGAUGUACAGAUCAGUAUCGUCCUUGUUGCAGUGGCUGUCAAAUGAAUUCUUUGGAGACCUAUGGAGAAAACAGAAAGAAACUAAAACGAUGGAGACUGAGGCCCAGAGAUAGAAGGGACUUUCCCCAGAACCCCCUGCCAACACUUAUGAUGAAAUCUGGCUUUUCAGGCAUGAAUAAAUUGAUCCAGCCAGAUUCCCCAUGGCUUCCUCAAGAAACCCUAUUGCUCUGAUUAAGGAAUUCUACCAGCACUGGAGAAAACACUUUCGACACGUAACUGAAAAACUCCCAGAAAAGGUGGUGCAUCUACAUUGAUCAUCUCUGAAGAGUUGCAGACCUACCGAGUACUUAUACAAGCCUUUCUUCUAUGUGAGCCAUAAAAGGAAAAACAGCCUGCCAAACACCUGUAAAGUGAUGGCUAUCAUCAUAUGAAAAUUAGGAGAAUUGCUGUAUCACAUAUUCAUGAUUCAAAUGAGAGAGAAUCAACUUUUGUGAUGUCCCAGAAGGCCUUAUGAUGGAGUAAAAAAAAGGGGAAAAUUGUAACAAUUUGUUAUCUGUGCUUGCACAUUAGACUUCCAUGCAGUUACUGUAGACACAUCAAAGCAAACAUGCAAAUAGUUCUUUGAAAAUCAUAUCUAGAGGCUGAGAUCUACACAUAAGAAGGAGGUUAUUUUAUAUUCAGCCUGUCCAGCCCAUCAAUAAUUAAUUUUUAAGAAAGAGCAGAGAUUGAUUGUGAAUAUAGGUUUUGAACUGCCAUUUGGCAAAGACAGUUUCUGUGGGAAGAAAAAUGCCUACUAAUGACACAUGUGCUGAGCCAGAUGGACACAUUACAGAUUUACGAUACUUUAUCUAUGCAGUGACAUACACUGUCAUUCUUGUGCCAGGUUUCAUAGGGAACAUAUUAGCCUUGUGGGUAUUUUAUGGCUAUAUGAAAGAAACCAAACGAGCUGUGAUAUUCAUGAUAAACUUAGCCAUUGCUGACUUACUACAAAUUCUCUCCCUGCCUCUGAGGAUCUUCUACUAUUUAAAUCAGGACUGGCCAUUUGGGUCUGGCCUCUGCAUGUUCUGUUUCUACCUGAAGUAUGUCAACAUGUAUGCAAGCAUCUAUUUCUUGGUCUGCAUCAGUGUGCGACGAUUUUGGUUUCUCAUGUACCCCUUUCGCUUCCGUAACUGCAAACGGAAAUAUGACCUGUGCAUCAGCAUUGCUGGCUGGAUCUUCAUCUGCCUUGCCUGUAUGCUCUUUCCUCACCUGAGAACCAGUGAUGACACCUCAGGCAACAGAACCAAAUGCUUUGUAGAUCUUCCUACUAGGAAUGUCAAUGUGGCCCAGUCUGUUGCCAUGAUUACCAUUGGUGAGUUGAUUGGGUUUGUCACUCCUCUUCUGAUUGUCCUAUAUUGUACCUGGAAGGCUGUUUUAUCACUGCAAGAUAAAUAUCCUGUGGCUCAAGACGUUGGAGAGAAAAAGAAAGCCUUGAAGAUGAUUCUAACUUGUGCGGGAGUAUUCUUAAUUUGCUUUGCACCUUAUCACUUCAGUUUUCCUUUAGAUUUUCUGGUCAAGUCCAACAAAAUUAAAAGCUGCCUAGCCAGAAGGGUGAUUUUGAUAUUUCAUUCUGUUGCCCUGUGUCUUGCUAGUUUGAAUUCCUGCCUUGACCCAGUCAUAUAUUACUUCACCACUAGUGAGUUCAGAAGACGGCUUUCAAGACAAGAUUUGAAUGAUAGCAUCCAACUCCAUGUGAAAUCCUUUGUGAGCAACCAUACUACUUCUACUAUGACAACUGAAUUGUGCUAAAUAAAAAACUGAAUGUGGCUGGAAAUGAAAAUAUAUCAGAAUACAUUUGUAAUGCCCCAAGCUACUGGAAAGUAAUCACCGGAAGCACUCACAGCUUUUUGGUUAUGUUCUAUCUUACCUAUGUGAGGAAUUCACAUAUUUAUAUCAGAACCUAUUUAGAGCAUUAUACUCUACCAUCAUUGGUGUCCAUCCAGUAAUUUGUCACCAAGUCUUUAAGACUUGAACUAUAAAAUUUCAGUGACAGCCUGUACAAAUAAAUAUGCUCUCAACUAGAGUCAUCAGUUUUAUCUGUGAACCUAAGACACAAAGAGAUAAUUACUUUGGUGUCAUCACAAGCACUUAGUUUGUCACAGUGGACACUGAGUAUUUAGAGGUAAUGUAGUUGUCUAUACUGGUAACUACAGUUUAUAUUCCAAUAUCAUAUUUUGGUUAUAUUUUAAGCAGGAUGGACAAUACAUUAUUCUGUGAAAAUAAAGUGUUACAAACAUGGGAUCACUUUUAUCUCCCAUGUGUGAUUACACUCUAGGGUUUGAAGACUCAAAUAGCUAUUUCCUUCAUUUCAGUGUCAAUAUGAAACAUCAUCUGUCACACCUUUUCAUAGAAUGAAAAUCUGAACUUGGGCCUGUAUUAUGUUAAGAGUAAGGACAAGAAACAGAUUCACCUAAAAUAACUUUCUAUGACUGUGUAAGCUGCCAUAUGGAAUCCACCCAGGGCAGAUAGCUUGCAAAGUCCACACAAUGUGACUGAAAUUACCUCUAUAAGUCAGGAGACAGCAGAUAGGUCACAAUCACAAUUUGGUUCCCUUAAAUUAUUUCUGAAGAACACCUCUGGAGAUGCAUGUACCUGCCUUGUAAGGCCGUUUCCACUAUGCUUCCAGAGUGAUGUUGAAGUACCUCUGACAGAUUACUGCAUUUUUUGAGCCUAUGAAAUAAGUAGUGCACUAAUUAAUCACCAAGUUUAGAUCAGAGGAAAAAGGAGUUGGGUAGAGCUCUUAAAAGCCUCACCAUAUUGUAUUUCUUCUUUUAAGUUAGGUGGCAACUGUCAAGCCACAUCCAUAAGCCAGAGUUGGGUUUGAAAGCAACUAGGCACGUGGGACCUAGUCUUCAGUAAUUUGUCUGGUCCAGCUUUGCCUCGGUGGUACCAUUCUGAGGUCGGUAUAGCCUACCUCCCUACAGCUGGAGAAGGCAAUUUUUUCACCUUUUAAAAAAAGUGCAUAAGAUUAACUUUGGCAGCAUUGGACACUCUUUACAAUGCCUUGCCUGCUACCUGUUUGGUACUAGUAUCAGGAAAUAGAUCCAGGAUGUGAAUAGUAAUUAAACCUGAGGUCUUAAACAUUUCAAAACUGUAAAACAUGUUUUAGCAAAAAGCUCUAACUUAAAAAAAUGCUCUACUCAAAAAUGUGUACUAUAUAAUAAAGACACACGUUAUUGUGAAUCUGGAACGAAUAUGGAAAUUAACCCACGGUUUCAUCAUAUUUAGAAGAAAGGAGUUGUUUUAGGCACACAGUUAUGAUACUAAUAUGUUUGGGGGAGGGAAAACGGUGGAAUAUCUAAGAUAAAUAGAAAUUUUCUAAUGUUUUCUCUGGACAAGUGUUGGUAUUGUUUGUACUUUGUUAUUAAAAUAAUACCCUAUUAGAAGACUGACAAUGUGCUGCUAGCAAUAGUGUAUCUAUCUCCUAAUUAUAUAUUGUAAGGUACAUAUUUUGAUGUGUUAAAUAAGUGUUGUGAUUUUAGAAAGAGUAACUAUGUCUGGUCUGUUUGCCUUAAAGUGAUUUGUGUUUGGAUAUAAUUUAGUGUUGUAAUGGGUUCACAAUUAAGAAUUUGUGGGUACUUGGAAUGGGAGAGUCUUGCCUAUACUAUAUGUUUUUACUAUUUUCCACAUAAGCAUGAAUUCUUCUUUUUAUGGUCAUUUUGUGAGAUCAGUAACCCAAUUUUAUUAAAAUAUUAUUUUCUCUUUAAACAUAUCAUUUUUAAAGGGGAGGGGAAAUAUUAUCAGGGGAUUAUUAAACUUUUUAGAGAAAUGGUUGAGGUUGAAGCCCACUUAUUAGACAGCCAAAAAGCCCUGGCAGAUCAUUUACAUCAUUCAAGGAGAUAAGUAUCCAGUAUUCUUAGGCUGGUUAGCUAUGACCACCCUUUCUCCCCAGACCUAUCCAUCUGAAUUUGUAUUCAUUGCUCUGGUUUAUUUUAUCUACCCCUCCUCCCCAUCAUUAUGUUUUGUCUUCUGUCUUAUUCCUUUGUUCUGCAAAUCAGUAAUCUGGUCAAUUUAUUCAUACUAAGAUGCUAAUGUGCUAAUGUUAGCUUAGUAUGAAUUUUCCCAGGGAUAUCCAAAUUUUAGGUCUUGGGAAUAAGCCUUAACUCAAAGUAUUAAUCCCUAACUUUUAAUGAAGGGAAUUAAAAACACUGAAACAGAGUACAAGAGAAGAUACUUUGAAGAAGUGGGUUUUACAACACUGUUUUUCAGAUUAUAUAUGUAGUAAGUGAUCACCUACUUGGUUUACCAUAAUGGGGAUGCCAAAUUCUAAGACAUGUAUCUAUAAGCAUGGCUAUCAGUUUCUCAGAUCUCUGCUUUCUUUCUUUUUUAACUUUUCGCUUUCCAACUCUGGAAUUGAUUUUCAGGGAAAAAUCUAAACUAGGAGAGAAGUACUGCUGCAGCUGCUAUCCAGACAGCAACUUCCUCUCUGAGCUUCUUUCCUUGGAGAAUCUUUUCUCUGAACCUCCAUUUAUCACUCUCUGGGUUCAACAAAAUUAGGGUACAAAAAGUAAACAUCCUGAGCUAUAGUAAUAUACAAUUCAAGAUAAAUAAGCUCACAUUUUCUAUAUAAAGUUAUUUAAGUUAUGAUUCCAAGUGUGUGUGUGUGUGUAUAUGUAUAUGUAUGUAUAUGUAUAUGUGUAUAUAUAUAUAUGUAAUUAUUCCAACAAGACAGAUUUUGAAUAUGGGAGAUUUCUAUGUUACUAUUAUUCCCAUUAUUAUAAUUAUUAUUUUAUUCAUAUGUUUUAUAUGUUUUCACUUUUACUCAUUUAAACAACUAAUUCUAUUAACCUGUAAUUCCAUGAAAAGAGCCACCUGCCAUAGGAACAACAAAUCAAGUUACCUUGGUCUGAAAGGGUGCAUAAGCAGAAAUCUUGUGCAACUUCAUUUUUAUUUUAUCUUUUUGUUUUUACUCCAAAGACACUGUAAAAAUGUUGC